UUUGAUUUUCAGAUUUCGCCUUUAUGUACAGUAAAUAUUUUACAUUGUAUCGGGUUGCGUGGAUAGUGUAUAAAUUACAAAAAUAAGCAACUACGAAGUUUUUCACAAUGCAUCAUUGAAACGUGAUAUAUAGCUAAUUUUUGACCAUAGUCAGAGAAAGGCAAUGGAAAGUUCCCCUCUUUUGCUGGUAAUCCACUAGGCGCAUGUGGAGUGUGCAAUGUAGCUCAGUUAGUAUCGUUAAAGGGUCUAAGGAAUUUGGGCUGCUGGGGGAUUGUAAUAUUGCAUGUUAGCGUCUUUCCUCUUCCUCAGUCCGAUACAGACUGUUUAUAUAUUGUAACUACGCCGCUAUAUGUAAACCACAAGCGGGGCUGCAGCUGAAACAUGACGCCGCCGCUGCAGUCGGCUGUUGUUAGGUGGAGUGGAGGGGUUUAGAAUAACACAUCCCGUGCUCCAAGGGCUGUCGCUCAAACGGUCUGAGGGGUCCCGGGUAUACUGUACUGUAGUGUAGGGUAGGGUUGGUGACCAACAGUUAACGAAGCUCCGACACGGGACAGGACUGUUUGAUGUGAAAAACUCAACGCGUGUGUGGCAAUCGUCGGAAGGCAGCUAACGUUAGCUGCCAAGUGCAUCUAGCUAGCUAAUUCUUGGCUAGCCAGCUUGCUAAGUAGUUGGAGAAACAGCCUCUCCGCGAGAUUUGAACAAGAAAACUGUGAAAGUAUCUUAGGAACGGAUACAAUCAAUAGCUAUAUAUCUGCACCGUUCACUAACGUUGCCGAAGGAGGAAAACUGAAACACAAGUCAAACAAAGUGGAUGUCGUCGCAGAUGAGGUUAUGGUGAGCCCAGCAUUGCACUGAUCUCUCCCGGUCUCCACUGACCGCAGGCUUACAUGUGCCCAGAGCAGCCUGACUCUCCAGCAAGGUAGCUCUACCCAUCGCCCCAGGAACGGCCGGCUCGCCCCUGCCCCCCCCCCCCCGCGCCUCUCCAUGGAUCUCCGGCUGGCCUCUCCUCCUCUGCUCUGGACCCUGCUGCUCUGGACCCUGCUACUGAACCUGACCUCCGAGGCCAUCCCGCCUAAGGGACUGCAGGUCUACACCAACACCUGGGCCGUCCACGUAACGGGGGGAGCGGAGGAGGCUGACCGCAUCGCCAGAAAACACGGCUUCAUCAACCACGGCCAUGUGUUCGGUGAUUAUUACCACUUCCGGCACCGUGGAGUGGUGAAGAGAUCUACAUCGUCCCACCGCGGAACACACGUCAAGCUGCACCAGGAGCCCCAGGUGCUGUGGGCCGAGCAGCAGCUUGUGAAGCAGAGGAAGAAGAGGGACAUUUACCCGGACCCCAGCGACCCAAGGUUCACCGAGCAGUGGUAUCUGUCCAAUGCCAACCAUCGGGACCUGAAUGCGAAAGGGGCCUGGGAGCAGGGCUACACAGGCCUGGGGGUGGUGGUGUCCAUCCUGGACGAUGGCAUCGAGAAGAACCACCCGGACCUGAUCAAGAACUACGACCCAAAGGCCAGCUAUGAUGUAAACGACGGGGACUUCGACCCUCAGCCGCGGUACACACAGCUCAAUGACAACAGGCAUGGGACCCGCUGUGCUGGGGAGGUGGCGGCCGAGGCCGGCAACGGGGUCUGCGGAGUGGGCGUGGCCUUCAACGCCAAAAUCGGCGGUGUGCGCAUGCUGGACGGAGAGGUCACGGACGUGGUGGAGGCACAGUCUCUCAGCCUCAACCCGCAGCACAUUGACAUCUACAGCGCCAGCUGGGGCCCGGAGGAUGAUGGGAAGACUGUGGACGGGCCUGCCAAGAUGGCUAAAGAAGCCUUUCUGCGCGGGGUGACCGAGGGACGAGGAGGACUGGGCUCCAUCUUCGUCUGGGCGUCGGGGAAUGGCGGCCGGGAGAAGGACAGCUGUAACUGCGACGGCUACACCAACAGCAUCUACACCCUGUCCAUCAGCAGCAGCACGCAGAACGGCAACGUGCCCUGGUACAGCGAGGCCUGCUCCUCCACCCUGGCCACCACCUACAGCUCGGGCGGCAUGAACGAGAAGCAGAUCGUGACCACGGACCUGCGGCAGAAGUGCACAGACUCGCACACGGGGACCUCCGCCUCCGCCCCUCUGGCUGCCGGCAUCAUCGCGCUCGCCCUCGAAGCCAAUAAGAACCUGACCUGGAGAGACAUGCAGCACUUGGUGGUGAGGACGUCUCACCCUGCCAACCUGGUCACUAACGACUGGAAGACCAAUGGCGUGGGCCGCAGAGUGAGCCACUCGUACGGCUACGGCCUGCUGGAUGCCGGUGCCAUGGUGGCCAUGGCCCAGAACUGGACCGGCGUGGGCCCCCAGCAGAAGUGUGUGCUGUCCAUGAUGUCCCAGCCCAGCAGCAACAUCGGCAGCAGCCUGGUUGUGCGCAAGACCGUGGACGCAUGCUUCGGGAGCCCCAACUACGUCAGCUCUCUGGAGCACGCCCAGGCACAGCUCAGUCUGUCCUACAGUCGGAGAGGAAACCUGGCCAUUUACCUCAUCAGCCCACAAGGCACCCGGUCCACCCUGCUGGCCCCGAGGCCCCACGACUACUCCUCCGAGGGCUUCAGCGACUGGGCCUUCAUGACCACCCACUCCUGGGACGAGGACCCCCGCGGGGAGUGGACCCUGGAGAUCAAGAACACCGCCGGGGUCAACGACUACGGGACGCUGACACAGUUCACCCUGGUGCUCUACGGCAGCGGCUCCACGGCCGUCACUCCCUCCGGAUCCGACUUCAGCCAGCCCUCCAACAACAGCUGCAAGACCUUUGACGAUAAGCAGAUCUGCAUAGAGUGCAGCCCGGGCUCCUACCUCUAUCACCAGGGCUGUGUGAGGAUCUGCCCCCCCGGCUUCGGCCCCGGCCCCCUGGCCCUCAACUACUCCCUGGAGAACUGGGUGGAGGUGUCCUUCGUGCAGGCCUGCCUGGCCUGCCACCAGUCCUGUCUGACCUGCUCCGGCUCCAAGUUCUCGGACUGCCUGUCCUGCCGCCCACACAACCACCUGGACCCCGUGUCCGGCACCUGCCUGCACCAGAACCAGAUCCUGCGGGAGUCCCCCGACGGGGGGGUUGGUGGGGGGGCGCUGGGGGCCCCGAUGGGGCCCGAGCCGCCCUCCCGCCUGCCGCUCGCCGCCGCGGUCAUGGGCUGUGUCUUCAUCGUGGCCACCUUCGCCGCGAUCUUCGGCCUGCUGCAGCUGCGCUCCGGCAACACCAAACUGCACACGCUGGAGUCGGGCCCCGGAGGGCGGGGGGCCUUCAGGAUCGGACGCGGUAGGGUGGUCUCCUACAAGGGCAUCCCAUCGGUGUGGGGGGACGAUGGCUUUAACACCGAGUCAGAGAACGAGGAGUUUGACAGCCACAGCGAGAGGACUGCCUUUAUCAAAACGCAAAGUGCUCUUUAACCCACCUCCAGUCCCUCGCCUCCUGGCCUCGCGCUCCUCCUUCACCUCCCCCCACUCCUCUCUGGAUCUUUUCUCUCUGGACUGCUUUCUUUUCCGCGGGGUUUUCUGUGUCUUCCGCUCUUCCUGCUGGAGACCUGGCAGGGCCGGGCGGACCCCUGGGCAGGGCGGGCGGACCCCUGGGCAGGGCGGGCGGACCCCUGGGCGCAUGCCUGCUCUGCUCACACCUGGGUGCCUCUCUGCUGCUGAGGUGGGAGGUGAUUGGAGAACCUGCCCUCUGGCCUCCAAUCGCAACGUUUCAUUCUUCAAGGGUCUUGGCCAUUUGGGUUAGAACAGUGACUGGGAGGAAUGAUUUUCAGUGUGGUUCACUGGUUCCCCCCCCUUUGGGGCAAUAAAGAUGGUUAUUGUUUUUGUUUUUUUUGCUUCCUCCUCUUUAUUUUCAGCGUUGGAGUAAAAGCGUGACGUGGCUCUCCUGGGCCAGCUCUAAAGCUGAAACAGGCGGAAUGGCGAUGUGCAGAUAGCGGGAGCGUGGUCCCAGUCAGCUCCCGCCCACCACUACCCCCCCUCCCUUGGAUUCCCCACUCAGCCGUCCGUUCAGGGGUCUCCCCUCAUGUCCUUAUGGGAAUAAAGGAAGCUUGGUAUCUCUGCCAGAUGCUGUUUUUAUUUAACACUAAAUAAGGUGGUCUUGGGCGUGGUCUCUGGCCCGUGACCUUUUUCUUGAAGCCAGGCUGCGAGUCAGGCACCUUGUUCUGAAACAGGAGCGGCUCUCACCCUGGCUUCAGCCAGCCCCUGCACAGCCUCACCCUGGCUUCAGCCACUGAAGCGCUGCAGUCAGUCCCUGCAAGAGUCGUCAAUCAAACCAACCAACCAAUCAGGCUUUGUUCUCUCAAGCCGUGCAGGCGGAACACUAAAGUUGAUUCAGCGCUUCAGUGCAGCCCUCCUGCCAUUAUGAGCCCCAUAGAGCCUCACUCUCUCCUUACUACUGACUCCAAACACCAGCGCCAGCUUCACCUUAUCGCCCGGUCCACUAACGUGUCACGGGUCUCUAAAGGACACUAAGAGCGAGCUGUGCCGGGCUUGUUUAGUGCCAGUCGACCCCCAGACCAGCUUUGACCCCGUUUUCUGCAGCUUUUCAAAUGUGUCCAGCCUUUCUUUGCCAGCCUAAUUGGAGUUGAGCUCUGGGACAGGGUUUGGAAAAUAGGUUUUGGGUUCUUUUAUUUUAUUUUUAUUUUAUUUUUUUGUCCAUGCGUGUGGGCACAAAUGUGGAAGAGCUGGGUGUGCAGUAUGUGUGAACUCUUAAACAUAAGGGCUCAAGAGGCUGAGAGUGAUACUGUCGGAGUGCAGCUGCUGACCCACGUGAAGGCUUUAACAGGCUGGAUUCUACACACCGCCAGGGACUUCGCUAAGCUCUGUAUCCAAAGUCUUAUCUUUGUCAUUUGAGCCACUUGCCAACAUUUUUACCUUGAAUUUGGUCAUUAUGGAACAAGUUAUUUUGUGAGUGCAAUAAGGGGAAUGUGUGGAGGGCCUAGUGACUACAUUAGGAAUACUAGUCAGGGGGGAUUUAACAUGUGGUCUUCAGUCCCGCUGUUCUGUUGGUUGGUGGGUGGGGUUUGUGUUCCUUAAAAUGCUAUUGAUAAGAAGAUUAAUAUGUGUUUGGUGGCUGGUUGUUUACUCAAAGCAAAAUUCCCUGGCCUCUGAUCGCAAACUGGCUUGACAGUAAUCCCACGCCCACUGUAUCUCCAUUCAGUCUGCUGUCAUUGACAGUGUAAUAUUUCUCAUUCACUACAUUCAGAGGGACACAACUUCUUUACUGCUGUUCCCAGAAAUGCUCUGAGGGAUUUGCUAUACAUAUCUAUAUUGAAACCUUUUUUUUUUCCCUUUGUUUUUUAAUGCAUAUCCUUUUGCUGUAAUUUGCAUCUUUUUAAUUUUCUCCUGAUUUAUGAAAAUUGAGUUUCAUUUAAAUGGUUUCCACAAUCAUUUUUCUAAUGAGUUUUGAGAGUUUCUGAUGCUGAGGACGUCACAUGCAGACCUGUAGUUACUGUAAUGUCUGACAUCACGUUGAUUUAUAAUGCCUUUUGGUUGAAGAUUGAAAGUAGCCGGCGAUGCCGUGGUCUUCAGGCUCUCCUCUGGCCCUCGGGGGUCUCGGCCUGUCUGCAGGCGGUCUCUCUUCAAACCGCUUGGCCUCGGUCCACCAGUGCGGUAAUGAGGACAUUACCGGUCCCGCUCCUCCCCCAGCUGAUCCUAAAAAGGCUUCCAUUACCCGUUCCCGUCAGUAACAUGGCGCACUGAACAGGGGCUCUGUUCCCCCUCCACCUGCCCGGAGAGUGCGGUGAUUGAAUGUGGAAGUCAUUUAUGGCUGCUACUAAAUAGUUUUUUGGGCUGUGCGGUGAGGUGCCCCUCAGCUGUAAAUCUUGUACAAUCCAGCGCACACCCGAAAUGAAGCCAUCAUCCUCACUUAAAUGCACCCCGCCUGCAUCUCAUUAAUCAGAGUGCUACGGAAGGUACCAUUAUAGAGAGGAAGGGGGUGGCUGUCUUCUGAUUAUGGAACUGGCAUACAGCACACAGCACAGACAUCGCCAGCCUCCACUCAAGCCCAUAUUCCUAAGUAAAGGAAUCCUUUUAUCCCAAGCCUGGUGAAGCGUUCUGUCCAAACAGCAUUGCGGUUCAGACCCUUAUCCGCACUGGCAAAGCAGCUAUUUGUUGUUGCCGGCUUGCAUCAUCCCUUUUUGAAUUCCCUCUUGGCUUCGGAAUCGUUUAUUUUUAUUUUUUUUUUUACUCUUGAAUAUGAAAAUAUUAUAUGCAUAUGCAAUGUUAGUGUGCAGAGCCCCGCAGCGGUGCAGGGGAAGAAUUGCGAGACUCACCCCCUCCGGUCCUGUCUGUCACCGGGCCAGCAGAGGGGAGGAAGGGGGAAUAACCAAAGACUGCACGCUUUGGCAGUAAUGCUGGGGCGGCUCUGACCUUGUGAGAGGGUGCGUUAGUGUGCGAUGGCAGACCUUUCCAUUCCCCUUCAGCUUGACAUGACUGGAGGUGACACGUGUGGGCGUGACUCACUGAUACACCACCCCUCUGCUCUCUGUAAGGUGCAGUGGUCCGUGGUUGAGAUAAAACUGCAGUGUCACUGCAUUGAUUUUUCUCCCUAGAAGUGGUGACCUGGUGAGUGUAGCAGUGUGGCCUGAAGAGCCUUACCUCCAAUGAAAGGGCUGGAUGUCUGUGUGCUGUCAUGGAGUCUGCAGGAGGUGGCCUUUGAGGCUGGAGCUCCAGGGCACACAGCACAGGAGAUUAGGGCCCACUCCCCAGUGAGGUCUUCAUGCAGUACUAUAGCCAGGGUGCCCUACACUUAUAUCAUUGUGAAUGACUGACUGUCUGAGAUGGGAAAGCAAACUCUAAAAUAAGGCCUAUUUUUGUACUAUAUAUAUGGUGCACAGUCAUUUUUCUUGUAAUUUAAAAUUUAUUUUGCUUGUUUUUUUCCUUUUUAUUUAAUUGAUGUCAAUAUGCGGAUUAAAUAGAUUCUAAGUAAAAUAAAAUAAAAAUCUAUGCAAACUACAA